UAGCAAGCGUUCUUCACAAAGUAGAAGUCUGAUCGGAGAAGAGCGAAAGACCUUGGAGGGUUUAACCCAAACACAACUACAAAUGGGCCCCGUCGCCUAGCGUUUACCCGACCAAUCCUUGCAUUUGGUGCUUUACCACCAUCAUCAGCACUUUCCACACUUAAAAGGUCUUCCAUCUUUCCAAUCUCCACACGGUUGACCCUUGAAAGAGGACGGGGAAAAUGGCAGCAAUUCCAUCUACCGGUUCCCUCAUCGCCACUCAUGAUUACUACCGAAGGCGCAUUGGAUCUACCUCCAGCAAUAGUUCCUGUGGCAGUUCGGAGUACACUGGGGAGGUCAUUCCACACCCACCAGGUCUGGCACGGCAGGACUCUGGCCACUGGUGGUCAAGUUUCUUCUUUGGGAAGCAGAACCCAGCAGGAUUUGAAUCCCAGCAGAAGGCUGGUACCUACACAGUGACAAAUGGUCAGGUGACCUGUGUUGCCAAGGAGAUUGUGUUGAAGAGACAACUGAGUGAGAGCAAUGACUCCGCGAAAGAGCCUGGAUCUCCCCUCCCCUCAUAAACCACCCCCAAUCCAAUGCCACCCCCUUCUCCCCAUCCGGGAGUCACCGUGGGCAGACGCAGGCGACGGAGGCUCCAUUUUUCUUUUUCUUUUUAGUAAAAAUUGGCUGCUUUUAUGUCAUGUUAUAAUGCUUUUUUUUUUAUUUAAUUUUUUUUUAUGACCAAAUCAAAGCUGUGAAACUAAAAUGUUUUUUAGUGUGAACCACUGUAUUAUUGGGUGCACUUUGUGAUUACAAUAUUUGCUAUGAAUAAAUGACUGACUGCAGCCCA